CUUCAAGCCGGUCCGAACUCCGAAGCUUCCGAUUAUCUUGAAUGCAACGUGACCCAGGGAACUUUCUCCUACUGGCAGGACCUCGUUGAUACCUCGUUGGUGCUGAGUGCGGGACAUUGAACGUGCAUUGGGUCGCCCUGCCUGUACUUUCUACUCCAUUUAAGAACUCGUCUUCCCUUUCAAUCUUGUCACAAAUAAUCAUGCAUACCACUUCGAUAUGGACGCCGUGCUCUGGAUGCCCAUGCCCAAACCAUCACUUGCCAUCUGGCAUCUUCACCGUCGAACCUUCUCUCUCAGAUGAUCCCGAGUGGAUGCACCUCGCACGUUCAAACAACCCACCUUCACAGCAUGAAGAGACAGUACUAUCUGGCAUGAUAUCAACACACGAUCAACAUAUUAAAGACAUCGACACAGAGAAGUCUAAUCUCGAAGCCUUUUCCCUUUCCCUGAAAGCCCAGAUCGUGGCUGUUUCCCAAAGGAUGGACGCGCUGCGCCAAGAGCGCGCGCGAGCCACAGAGGCAGUCCGUGAAGGGCAGAAUCUCCUUAGUCCGGUUCGACGCCUCCCUUCGGAGAUACUCAAUCAUAUCUUCCUUGAUACCAUUGAUUUCCCGGUGCCGAGGAUGCAGAUCACACGGGAGGAGGAAGAGGGGCUGGAAGCGGCUGCCCUGCGCAUUUGGAAGUUCGAGUCUACAGAGAGCUCCUUGUGGUCGGUCACGGGAGUAUCUAAACAGUGGAGGAGCGCGUCUCUUUCAUCCCCAAGACUCUGGUCUUACAUCAAUAUCAUAAUUACGGAGUCAAAUUUCGACGAUCAUUCUUAUAUUCGACAACUCGGUCUACAGCUGGACCGCUCGACAAAACAUCCCUUGUCAAUUUCGAUAUGUCGUGUAGUGAGAGGAUCUGAAAGAAUAGCUCUUCCUCCGCAGUUGGUGGCUAUCCUGUUCUCGUUUUCCAGCUGCAUUCGAGAGCUCCAUCUCUAUCUUGACGAAUACUUAUUGUCGCAAAUGAGCAACAUGCGGUUAUCCCUACCAUCUUUGGAAUAUUUAGUCCUCCUUUGUCAGUCGUUGAAUGGGAUCUUCGGACCAACCUCUCCUCACUUGCGCCUGUUCUCGUCCACUCCAAAAUUACAAUCACUCGAGGUUAUAGAUUGGAAGGACGGCUUCGAGAUUCCUUGGAACCAAGUAAAGAAGUAUCACAACGACCAUAGGUACAUACCUACUCCCAAUUUUUUCAGUCUUUCUGGUCCUCGGGCGCAUCAUCAUUUGAAUGCUCUUAGAAAGUUUCAACAGGUGGAGGAAUGCACUCUAAGAUUGAGUGGUGUAUCAGAUACGCUGGAUUUGGGGGGCGAUGUUUAUCCUCUCAUCUGUCCGCAGCUGCGUGUGUUGGAUCUCUCCUCUUGGACCAUUGAUCGUACUCCAUCCGCCUUUCAACAAGUCGCUGAUAGACUUGUCUUGCCAAGACUGUCCAUUCUGAAGGUUGCAUGCUCCCAAAAGGACAGUUAUGAAAGACAGGAGGUUUUUUCCUCAAUAUGCCGUCUUCUCCAACGUUCGCAAUCCCCAAUUACCGUACUUCACUUCGAUCAUGGCCGAGUCCACACUGAAGAUUUACUGCAACUCUUCUGUUCUACACCCACUCUUGAAGACUUGCGCCUAACUCGCCUGGGCGACAUUGUCUUCACCAAGGAGGUCAUGGCAAAGCUCACUGUGGACCAUGCCUCUUCGGAGGACUUAGUUCUCCCCCACUUAUGUACUCUGUAUAUAAGUGGCGGUGGUGACAUAUUAUCCCUUGUCCGUAUGGUUCAGUCUCGUAGGAGUGGUGGGCAUUCUUGCCGAAUCACUCGUUUACAGACUCUUAGAGUGUGUGGUAAUUUCCCAGACCUGUGUCCUGGCAUUGAUGCUAUAAUCUCUCACCUCAAGCAAUACUAUGCUGAAGGAUUCUCUUUCGAUGUUUGUCGCACUGUUCUAUAG